AGUAGGUCGCGCACACAACUCCCAGGCGUUGAUUCGCCGUUGACGUCCAGCCCAGCGUGACUCGCGCCUCCUUCCCCAUUGGACGCCGGUCGAGCGAGUAGCGCGCCAUUGGUCGACGGGCCAAUCCUUCUUAGGCGCCUCGUUAAAAAAUUAUAUAAACGCUGGCGUCGGUGGCUCGGGACUGAUAGACGGGGAGAAGAGAAGAGACUAGGGAUCGCUGGCUCCGGUGAGGAGCUUCGCAGUCGCGGCGCGAGCCUCGGCGCAUCUCCAGCUCUUCGUCCUCUCGCCCGCGGACUCUCUCACCGAUACCCCCGAUCUCGUGGAACCAGUGCUCCCGCGCGGUCACCUCCUCUCGGUUGACCGACUACUCCCCCUCCUGCUCCCCCACCGACGCCACAUUCAACCCCUACCCUGGCGGCCCCCACCGCUAUCUCACGGAGCUGAACGAUCGCCCACCAGGAGCCACCUCGGCAAUUGGUAGCAAUUGGUGGAGAUUCACUCGCACGUGGAAGGAAGAGGAGAUAGUGCGCGAGGCGGUUAAUCGUCGGUUCGGCGCGAGCGAUCGAUCGGGUGGCUAUUGGAGACGGGAAGUCUCCGGCGAGUCCUUGGGGAUUGGCUAUUCGGGUUGACGGGGUCACAGCCAACGAGUCAAGAUUGAGGUGAUCUACGGUAUGGACGGUGGUCCGUUCGACGACCCGAUCUUCUCGGACUUCGGAGCUCGCGGCGGCACCGGCGUCCACAGCAUCCAGGUUAUGCUCGGCCUGCACGGCAACCACCAUGGGGCCGAGCUCAUGCCGCCGGGCAGCGGACACCUGCAUAAACUCGAUUCGUCGGGCGGCUCACCUACCCAUCACCAGCCACCGCACCAUCAUCUACAGCAGCAACAGCACCAUCAACAUCAGCAACAGCAGCAACAGCAGCAACAGCAGCAGCAGCAGCAGCAGCAGCAGCAGCAGCAACAGCAGCAACAGCAGCAACAGCAAAAGGAUCUAAAGGAGCUUGAGCUCGCAGGAAUGUAUGCGCCCAUGGCGCAAGCGCAGGACGUUACGACGUCGACGGGUGCGGCUUCCACCGCCGGUACCGUCCCUAUGCAGCAGCAGCAGCAACAGCAGCAACAGCAGCAACAGCAACAGCAGCCACAGGGACUGCAGAUCGGUAGCGCUAUGAAGCGUAAGCAGGAUGAUCCUCUCGGUCAGCUGGCGCCAGUGAGUAACGAGGCUCAACCGGCGAAGAAGGAUUCGAAAAAAAAGACUGAGAACAACGGCAUCAAAAAGAAGAAAACCAGAACGACCUUCACGGCUUAUCAGCUAGAGGAGUUAGAGCGGGCGUUCGAACGCGCCCCCUACCCGGACGUCUUCGCCAGGGAGGAACUGGCGCUCAAGCUCGCGCUCUCGGAGUCGCGGGUCCAGGUGUGGUUCCAAAACCGUCGGGCCAAGUGGCGGAAGCGCGAGCCCCCUCGCAAAACUGCCGGUUACAUGGCCACAGGAUCUGCUAGUCCCGGCCUUACAGGUUCUUUCAACACUCUGAACAGCUCGCUGAAUCCGUUCGCCUCGUCGACAACGGGCAGCGCGCCUCCAGAUGCCUGGGCGUAUUCCCCAGCCUACGACCUGGCGCCCCAUCUGAAUCUACUCAGUCCAUCGAACUCGCCCUACUCAACGUCCUUUGGCGGGCCGGGGAAUAACGGCUCCGCAGCUGCGGCCGCCUACUCCUACGCGACGAUGCUACCCCAGCACGACGCCUCGCUCUUCGCCGCACCCGCUGGCAACGCGAUGCGCGUCCACCAGGACUACAUGAACGCGAGCAACAGCCCGCCUCCGAAUCUAUCCAGAGCCGACUACCAGACAAUGGUCACGACGCACUCGCCGCCGACGCAUCUCACCGCCGAAGACGACCAUCAUACGCAGGGGAAAUUAGACUACGUGGGCACUUUGAGUCCUUCGGAUAAAUAUGGUCAGCACGAGGCCAAUGAGUACACGCAGCAGCAGCAGCAGCAGCAGCAGCAGCAGCAGCAGCAACAGCAGCAACAACAACAACAACAACAGCAGCAACAGCAGCAACAGCAGCACCAGGAUCAUAAGAACGAUUACGGGCUGCAUUCGCCGACGAAUGCAAGGCAGGCACUCAAGGAUCAGACGCUGGUGAAAAGCGAGCCGGGGAGUCAACAGAAUUACGUGCAGUUGCCUCCUUUUCUGAACUGACACGAACCCUCGGGUUCAAACUAUCUAGAUUUUACAAUUGAAUCGCCAGCCACUACUUUCUCCCCAUACUGUUAAAUAAGUCGGGACGAAAGUCUUUUUACUUGUUUCCCCUCUCCUCGUUUGUUCCGUUUCUUCCGAAAGUGGAAGCCCGAGUUUGGCGACACGCGACCGACAAAAGUCACACAACUGCGAGACUGUGAAUGGGCUUCGAGUGCGCAGCAAAUCGUUGUUACCGACUGAAUAACGUUGUACACAUUAAAAUUCCA